AUGGCCGAACAGACGCCAAUUGGAGAUACAACGGAGUUGGAACAAGAGGAAUCCAAUUGUGUGGCCUGCCAACGUCCGGAUAGUGCGGACAAUAUGGUCCAGUGUGACCAAUGCGACGGAUGGCGGCACUAUACAUGCGCCGGGGUGGAUGCGAGUGUGAUGAACCGGUCAUGGGUGUGCGGUGAUUGCACCUCCAUGCAAGAGGAUGCCAUUUCAUUGAAGAGCGGUUCCAGUCGUGCCAGUGCAGCGUCGGCGCUUUCCGUCUGUAUGAGCCAGCUGGUGGAAAGGCAGCAGCUAGAACGAAAACUGCUGGAAGGAGAAGAAAAUGGCAGCCAUCGCAGUGGUGUUUCAGCGCGCAGUGGUACCAAUGAAGCGGCUUCACCUACUUCAAGUAAGCGUCUUUCUACUCCACUUCCCCCCGGUGCCCCACUAGCAUCAUCUGUUCGUCGUUCGGUACCGGCGCCGGGUACACCCAGAUCGGUAGCGCCACCGAUGGUAACCAUUCCCCUAGCAGUGUUGAAGCCGUCUGCGUCUCAGUCACCACAGGGAACAAAAUCUGAGGAUGCAUUGUUGGAACUCAGGAACCGAGUGGAGCAAUGCGAAAGGCGAGCAAAACCGACACACAAACAGCUAUCAGCACUACAAGCACAGUUGGAACUGUGCCGCAACCUACUCGAGGGAUUUCAAUCCAGUGCGGAAAUGUGCGAACGAGUCGGACAACCGGAAGCAAGCAGUACAGUGACGGAGCAGCUACCAAAGCCAGCGGCAAGCCAGCCGCGCAUGGAGAAGCAGACCGGCGUCAUUCCCAAGGCGGGCCGAACGUUAGCAACUGUCCCGGAGGACGAACGAAUUCGGUCUAAAAAUGGUUCCGAAGCUGAAGCAGUAGGUGGAAUCGACCCAAUGAAUCGUCGCUGGCCUGUGAGGGAACCGGUAAGCCAUACUAGUUUGGCAGCGGUAAGUCAAACAAUCGCAGCAACGGAAAGCAAUCCAAGCUAUAUGGAACCCCCAGGUAAGCGUCAAGCCUUGAGUAAUUAUUCAAUAAAUGCAAACGAAUACACUUCUCAAUAUUGCCCCACGACCAAUAUGUAUGAAAUUUCCCGUGAACAGUCGAGAAAUUUCGCGCAUCCGGGAAAUAUUAAAAUGCCUCCUGAAGUUCCCCGCGAGCAGCAGCAAGUUUUUCACGCGCGCCCGGGUGUAACACAAAUACUAACUCUGCCCAAGAGUCAAUAUAAGAAUAAAACCGAUGAACGAAUGCGUGAUUCCCCCACAUACCCGGUUGAAUUCAAUAAAUUCCCCCUGCCCCCUCGUCUGUCAGAAAAUGUGUAUCAAGACCAAGUGAUUCCCCCUCGAGCUCCAGGAGGUCCAACGCAGCAGCAGCUAGCAGCACGGCAGUCCCUGGCUAAGGAACUUCCCCGAUUCUCUGGAGACCCAGCGGAUUGGCCGAUCUUUAUUUCAAGCUAG